AUGGAUUACCGCUCGUCGAUCGGUGACGAUGAGCACCCGGCUGGUCCGUCUCCUUGGGGAUCAUCUCCACCGGCCUCACCUCAGCGGAACGCCUCCAACUACACUUCGAUAGGCAACCCGCAACCGUCUUCACCGUAUCGUUAUGGGGGUCAAGAGUACGCAAAUGGAUUCACGCGGGAAGACCCGGAAGCCAAUGCCUUCAGACGGCCAGAUACCGCUGGCAGCACGGCAUCUACGACCGAGUACGAGACGUCACAGCAGUCAGACCCCUCGCAACAGGCCGGCUUCGGCGCCGAAGCAGAACAACAACGACAAGAAUCGCAGGCGCAAGGAAAUCAGCCCGGCAAUGGCGCAUCGGUGGAACAGAGACGGCGCGAGUCGCAGCAGCAGCGGAGACCCCCUGGUCCCCAAUACAAGCUGCAAGCAAAAAUCACUGGUCUAGAGCGGACAGGGCGGAAAGAUCCCAUCUUGCGAUUUGAUGUCCACACGAACAUACCCAGGUUCCGAACCACCCAAUUCCGCGAUGUCCGCCGUCUACACUCAGAAUUCGUCAAGCUCGCCGAACAUCUGAUAUCUGCCAACCCUGACGCCUUGGUCCCGGCUGUACCGCCCGCGCUGACAUCUGCCGGAGCCGGGACCGACGAGGACGAGACAAGAGUGAAGGCGCUUAUGCAGAGAUGGUUCAACUACGUUUGCAGCAACGAGACGCUCAUGAGAGACGACGAGAUGGUUUUAUUUGUUGAGAGCGACUUCGGCUACAGCCCAAUGGUCAAGCGGAAGCAACCUGCGACCGGUGUGCGAAGAAAGGUUCUGAAGCAGUUCGCGCCUCCGCCGGAUGAUACCCCUGAGCUAUCCGAUGCACGACCGAUUGUGAAGCUGUUCUACUUGGGUUCGAUGGAUGCGGGACACAAGGUGGAUCGGCUCGUCAAGUCUCGCAGAGGCUUGGGACUUGCGGAGUCUGACUUCGGUGUGAAACUCGGUGCGAUGAGCGUACAGGAGCCGCAUCAGGGGCUUGCAAGUGCCUACCGGAAGCUCGGAAAGGUUGUCCAGACCGUUGGUGACUGUCACGCGGCUCAGGCUACAGCUGAAGCCACGACCAUCGGUGACCCGUUCCAGUACCACUCGUCAGAUGCAUUUAUCGUCAAGGAGACCUUCACCAAUCGCCAGCUCCUAACUCGCGAGUUCCUCCAAGCCCAGGAGAUUACACGCAGCAGACUGAAUGCCGCCGAGAGGCUGAAGGCCAGCUCGAAUGUGCGACGGGAGAAGGUAGACGAGGCCAUCACAGCCCUAGAUGACGCGAGGAACAGCGAGCUUGAACUCAUGCAUAAGACAACACGAGUGACACAGCACCUUGUACAGGACCGACGCAAGUGGUUUGCGAGGACCGCGGCUGACCUUCGCUUGAGUAUUCGCGAAUUCGUUACGCGGGAGAUCGAAGCUGAGAGACGCACACUGGCCCUGCUGGAAAGCGUGCGACCCGAUAUCAGAGCCAUCGACGCCUCGGGCGGUCUGAGCCGCCUGGGCAGGGAAGCACACCCCGCAGCCCGUCGUGCGAGCGUCCCAGCAAGCCAAGGACCCAAAGGCGAUGCAUGGAGCGGUGUUCCCAGACGCACAGACAGCGUCAGCAGAAGCGUCUCGGGGAGCCUGAUGCCCGACGUGGGCGAGGAGGACGAGGAUGAGAGCGGUCAGGGUUCGGGGGCGAAGAACGUCGGUGGAAGUCGAGGGCUGCCUGGGCUCGCCGAGGAAGACGACGAGGACCGGGUGGACGCCCGGAAUGCUGCGAGCCGAUUGGCAACCAGCACCUUCUGA